AUGGAAGAGGAGAUGUUUUGUUACAUUCAUGAAGGUGGUGAGCUUGUUAAGACUGCUGUUGGGUCCGUCGAAUAUAAGGGAGGUCGGACCAAUUGCAGUGUUGUUAGCAAGAAUAUCUCACAAUCUGAAUUCGUUUCAAAAGUAUGUGGUGUACUGAACUUGGAUUCCAAUUCCAUUAAAUUGGAAUUCACAGUCAAGUUUGACCCAUCAUGUCUAUUGCCACUGCAUAAUGAUGACGACAUAGUCAAUAUGUUCAAAUUCAACGACAUGUUUUGUCAUGUCUACAUCUCCCAGUGUUCCGAAUGUGGUGAUGACCUCAUUUGCCCUACUAGUGGCCCAACCCCCAUUGUUGCUUCAAACUCAGCUCAUGUUUCCUCUAUUGGCGAGCCCCCAUUACACAUCUCUAAUGAGUCGCCCACAAUUCAGUCAGUUGGGUUUUCCCAAAGAUGUGCUAUGACAAAUACCGUUCAACUUCAACCAAGCCGGUUCGAACAUUCAAUUGUAGGUAGUGGACAUACCUUCCCAAAUGCGUCGGAGUUUCGAGAUGCAAUCUAUUUGAUGUCUUUGGCUGGAAAAUUUCGAUAUUCUUACAAAAGGAAUAGUCCAAAACACAUGACCGUAGUAUGCACAAUUGAAGAUUGUCCUUGGAAAAUCACUGCGCGUGCAAUAGGGGAUUCAAACAUUGUUCAAGUACACACAUUCCGAAAUGUGCAUAACCAUUGCUUGGAAGAUGUUGUCUUGUCUCAGCCUUUAGUGAGAUCCACUCGUGCAUCGUUGGUCAUUGAUGAUGUCAUUCGAUCUACUCCUGAAUACCAACCACGCCAAAUUUGUAAGGACUUUGUAAGGCAACAUGGCAUCCAGUUAACUUACCUACAAGCAUGGAAAAUGAAGGAGAAGGCUAAGGAGCGCAUUUAUGGACAACCCAAGAAUUAUUACAAAUUGUUGCCAUGGAUGUGUGAAAGAAUGCUUGCAACAAAUCCGGGAUCGAGUGUUGAGCUAAGUUAUUCCAAUGAUGACCAUUUUGAGAAGCUUUUUGUUGCUCAUUCAAUAUCUAUCGAAGGGUUUGUAAGGGGGUGUCGACCAAUCAUUGCAAUUGAUUCGGCCCAUAUGAGUGGGCCUUAUGGCGGUGCUCUAUUUUCAGCCACCUCUUACGAUGCUAAUGACUCCAUGUUCCCCUUAGCCUUUGGAGUGAUGAGGUCGGAAAAUUAUGAAGAUUGGUUAUGGUUCUUGGAAAAACUGAAGAUAGUUGUGGGAAACAAGGAAGUUAUUAUUAUCUCAGAUAGACAUCAUGCUUUGCUUCGUAGUGUCCCUGAGGUGUUUGGCAUUGAAAACCAUGCUUAUUGCUACCGUCACCUAAAGGAGAAUUUUAGUAGUUUCUUGUCCAAGCAUAACACACGAGGGAACAAGGGUAAAGAAAAUGCAUUGCAAUUCCUAGAUAGCAUUGCGUAUGGAAGGCUAGAACAUGAUUAUAACGUUUCCAUGGUUGAACUAAAAAAAUACAACGAGGCUUUAGCCACAUGGGUUGAAGAAAAUGCGCCGCACCAUUGGGCCAUGUCAAAAUUCCCAAAACAAAGAUGGGAUAAAAUGACUACGAACCUUGCCGAGUCAUUUAAUGCUUGGUUACGGAUUGAAAGACAUCACUCUAUUUGUAACUUUUUAUUGGAGCACAUGUCCAAUUUAGCUUCUAUGCUUGUGAAGCAUCAAGAAGAGUCUAAGAAUUGGAAAGGGUGUAUAGGGCCAAAAAUUGAAGCUAAGGUGCAGGAAAAUAUUGCAAAGGGUGCGGUGUAUCCAGUCACACCGUUCAAGAAUGGAGUAUUUGGGGUAUGUAUCGGGAGAGCCUUGUUGAAUGUAGACAUUCUGAACCAUACAUGCACUUGUAGGGGUUGGCAGAUGUUGGGAAUCCCUUGUGAGCAUGCCACAGCCGUCAUUAUUUCCAUUGGUCAAAAUGUUACUGAUUUCGUCGAUGAUUGCUACAAAUACCCAAUGCAAGAGUUGAUAUAUGGGGGCUCUUUCUCCGGCAUAGAGACCCAUGACAUGCCUACUGUGGACGAUGAUGGUUUGGUUCGAUCUAUCACCGGGGAGGUGUUCUUCUCUCUAAAGCCUCCACAUACAAAGCGUCCUCCCGGAAGGCCAAGGAAGAAGCGCAUUGAGUCUCAAUUUCAAGAUAAACGGCCUGUUUAUUGCUCUCGUUGUCAUAUGUCCGGCCACAACAGAAAAACCUGCAAAAAUCCUUUGCCCUAA